AUGCUGAAACCACCACGAAGAUUUAAUGCUCCUCAGAGCGACAGCGGUGACGUUCGUAAAACAUCUUCAAGCUCACAACCAUACCUUGUUCUCUUAUCGGCCAACUGCAAUCGUGUUAUUCGACAGCAUCAAGCUCAGAUCCGACGACUCGCUCGUCGAAUAAAGCGUCAGUUCCACACGCUUUGCCCCUCCCGUGAUAGUACAUCCACCAAUUUCAAGAUCCCCGAACUCCACACAACAGCGAAGGACAUCCAUGACCCUCAGUCGAAUGAUCCGCCAGGAGGAAUGAUCAAACAUGGAAGGCGACGCCAAGCGAACGCUCACACCGCAAGUUCCCGCCUCCCGGACAAGAGGCAACCGAUGGCGAUCUUCAAAAGCGUCGGGGCUGAAUUCUGGGUAGAUCAUUCGGUGCCUCUGGAGGUCCAUGUGUACGUCCCCGGGUUGGUCGGCGGGGAGUUUGGCGAUGGCCGAUGCGCAGUCGGACGCGCGGAGACCUCGUCCGAAAUCAUGGGCGUUGCAAUCGACGGGAUAUUCGGAGAGCGGUGCCGCGGAACUUUGGACGGGCACCGGGACCAGAGCCGGUAUGUAACGUACGUGGAUAGAGAAGAAGAGGCAAAAUGA